AUGGCACCGCGUUUGGGGCUCUUUCUGAUUUGGGCUGGUGCGUCUAUGUUUCUACAACUGCACCCUGUGAAUGCAGGGGAUCCUCCCGACCCAGGGAGCAAACCCACGCCUCCUGCAACAGUCUCAAAUGGAGACUUUGCCAGAGUUACCAGAGAUCAUGAAAGCCUACGAGUCAAAGAAGGGAACAAGGACUUUCUUCUUCCAGGUCCUCCAUGUGCUUUCCCAUUCACCUAUAGAGGCGUAAAGUAUUAUAAGUGCACAUCUGUAGAUUUCACAACUGAAUGGUGCUCUCUCGAUGAACAUUAUGUAGGAAGACGGAAAACAUGUAGUCGUGAAGACCGUCCCAAAUGUCACUUCCCCUUUACAUAUCGCAAGAAACGAUAUUUCCGUUGUACAACAGAAGGGAGUGCGUAUGGUUACGCUUGGUGUCCACUCACUGCAAACUUUGAGCAAGAUUACAUUUGGCAGUAUUGUGAUUGA